AUGUCUCGGCACGUUCUCCUGUCGCGUCUGGCGGAGCAGUUCCAGUCAUCUUCGCCGCCGCCAGUUCAGCGUUUCCCGUCGCCGAAUCGUAGUCCCUCCCCCGCCUCGCCGGCAUCGCCCCGCUCGCCACCGCCGACGCCCGACUCCAUCUCCCACAGCCGCCUCGAUCUACUGCAACUGGGAGACAUCGAGAUAGCCGGGAGGGCGCUGAAGCAGUACGCUCGCGCUACCGAACUUGGAGCGUUGAUGUACUGCAGUGGAUUGGGAGCGCUUUACGGUGGUGCCGGCGUUUGGCCUCUGCUGAUACCGAGAGCUAAUAAUCCACAGUACACUCUCCCACCAUUGGAACACAUGAGGCAUACCCCGCCAAGAGAAGACGACGAGGAGUUACCACUGAACCUGUCCAUGAAGAACCGCCAGAUUUGGUCGCCCGGCAGCGCCUGCGAGCGCGAGAAAGGGGACAUCGGGGCCGAGACGCCUCAUUUAAGAUGGGAAGGGAGGGAAGCCGAGGACGCCCCGUUGGAGUUGGUGAAGAGAUGUCAAAGCAGCCCCGAUAAGAGUGAGCGAGCCGCGAGUGCCGAGAGACGCUGCCCCUCAGCCCCCGCCUACCAAACGUUCCCGCCACCCCAAUCUGGCGACAUGAACUUCACGUUGCUCCUAAAGAGCGAAAAUAGAAACGAGAAAUCCUUCCAGUGCAAGCAAUGCGGGAAAUGCUUCAAACGCUCCAGCACACUGUCCACUCACCUGCUCAUCCACUCGGACACCAGACCCUAUCCCUGUCAAUAUUGCGGUAAACGAUUCCACCAGAAGUCAGACAUGAAGAAGCACACAUAUAUCCAUACAGGCGAGAAGCCGCACAAGUGCGUCGUGUGCUCGAAGGCGUUCAGCCAGAGCUCGAACCUCAUCACGCACAUGCGCAAACACACCGGCUACAAGCCCUUCUCAUGCGGCCUCUGCGAUAAGGCGUUCCAGCGCAAGGUGGACCUGCGCCGCCAUAGGGACUCGCAGCACGCAGAGACCGCAGAAAGCCCCGCUACCCCUUCCCGCUACAGAUACUACGGCGACGACUCAAACGCACCGCUCACGCCGGUCGCCACGAAC